AUGGCGUACCGCAGACAAAAGCGCCAGGUCCUGGGGGUGCUGUCUGUAUGGACUAUGUUAAUAGCCACGGCUAAAUUGCAGGCACACACGACGCCAUUAAGUCGUCAACUAGAAAAUGGGACUAUCAUCUACAAGUACGACCCGCUUCCCGACCAGAACCACCUCCGGCCUGUCACCAUCGAGCCUGAUAGUCUUGAUAGCGACGUUUGCGCUACCAUACGCAUCGUCCCAUUCGUCGGAGAUGCGCCCCCGAUCCCUCGUUCCCGAGCUUGGCUCCGGACCGGUCGAGGAGCCUGA